AUGUCCUCCAACAACCCCCCGGAUGACCUCCUCAACGGCAUCUCCGGCGAACUAGCCAAAGAAGCCGUCGAACUGCAAAUCACCCUCGUCGUGUUCAUCGGUCUGUCAUGCUACAACGUCGCCGAGCUGCUAGUCAUGGUCCCCUCGACCUUCCGACGCUGGCGCGGGCUGUACUUCUGGUCACUCCUGGUCUCAGGCUGUAUAGGCGUGGUGCCGUACUCGAUCGGGUUCUUGCUGAAAUUCUUCACACAUAUCGACUCCGUGAUUUCUGUCACGGUGCUCACGAUCGGUUGGUGGACGAUGGUCACCGGGCAGUCGGUGGUGCUGUAUUCGCGACUGCAUCUGGUGCUCCGUGAUGAACGGACUCUGCGACGGGUGCUCCAUCUUAUCAUUGCGAAUUUCUUCUUGCUGUCCAUUCCGACCACCAUCAUGACCUACGGGGCCAAUGUCGUGCAGAAUCGGAUCUGGAUCGAGGGAUACAAUAUCAUGGAGAAGAUCCAGUUAACGGGUUUCACGCUGCAGGAGACGCUUCUGUCGACGCUGUAUGUCAUCGAGACGGUGAAAUUGCUCCGUCUGGGCGCAGACACACGUCGCGAUGCGCGCACUAUCAUGUACCAGCUAUGCGGGAUCAAUGUCCUCAUCAUCACCAUGGAUCUGGUGCUGCUGGGCCUUGAGUACGCCAAUUUCUAUGCCGUCCAAAUCACACUCAAGGGCUUUAUAUAUUCGCUCAAACUCAAGCUCGAGUUCGCCGUGCUGGGUCGGCUGGUCGAAGUCAAUCAGGGCUCGCGACAUCCCGUGUCGAUUGCCAUUGCCGAUACGUUGCCCUUGUGUCCGUUUCAGAAGACGCCAGAUACGCCGGACGCAGAGAUCACGGAGACCACAAAGGGUUUUCCUAUCCCCCCGGGUGAGGAGGCGCGUAUUGUGGAGAGGACGGCGACGUGGGUCACGCCGAGCGAUUGA